AGUCUAGAAAUCUGUUCUUCGGUUUAGCUUUCUCGUAACAUGUGAACAUGUCUGCUCUUGGCUUCUCUUCUGUUUUACUGUUGCUGUGCCUGUCAUCUGGAGUGAAUGCUCUGUUCCUUCAUGUUCUGCUCCGUUGUCAAGUUUAUUCUGGCGAUGGUCAUGAUGCUGUGUACCUGGAGCAGCUCUACUUUAACAAACUACUUCUGGGACAAUACAACAGCACUUUGGGAAAAUUCACUGGAUACACAGAGUUCUCAAAACCAAUUGCAGAUUCCCUUAAUAACAGCACUAGAAUUAUGGAACAAGAAAGAAAAAAUACAUGGCGAAACUGCAGAGAUUACGUCCAGCGCUUUUACAAGGAAUUUAUUGGGAAGACAGUCAAGCCCCAUGUCAGGCUGAGGUCAGUAGAGGCAGGCAGCAGCAGACAUCCAGCCAUGUUGGUCUGCAGUGCGUACGGCUUCUAUCCAAAGCAAAUCCGUCUGACAUGGCUGAGGAAUGGAAAGGAGGUGACAUCAGAUGUGACCUCUACUGAGGAAUUGCCAAAUGGAAACUGGUUGUACCAGAUCCACUCCCAGCUGGAGUAUACGCCCAGACCUGGAGAGAAAAUCAUCUGUAUGGUGGAGCAUGCCAGCCUCAUGGACCCUGAGCUGUAUGACUGGGUACCAAUGAUGCCUGAGUCAAAGUGGAAUAAGAUUGCCCUCGGGACAGCAGGUCUGCUGCUCGGGCUGGUCCUCCUAGUUGCUGGACUGAUUUACUACAGGAAGAAAUCUUCUGGUCGGACGUUGGUGCCACAAUAUUAAAGGCUUUACAUACAGAACAGGAGCCUCGAGUCACAGAUGCCAGUGGGGAUUCACAUAAGAUUAUUGUCCAGAUUGAGUCCAGAGGCACUGUAUGUGAACCAAUGGGCUGUGAUGGAGCCAUAGGAUGGAGUACAUGUCAUCCUCCUCCCUAUGAAUACUUAAAACAUAUGUAUUUGAUUUA